UAGAUGGAAAGGAGGGGCUCAGGGGAUCUAUUUCUUUGCUAUCAAAUAACAUGACAGCCCUAUAGUUGCUGAAAUGAAUACUGCCAAACCAGCUUAAGACAGGAGAUCAGCUGAAGCUUCCCUAGAGCAUUAAAUGUAAAAGAUUGUGUUUCCAUGAAAUGUAAAGAGGAUCAGUGGAAAAUCCAAAUUCUGCAUACUUUGGGAAAAACCCAUGCAGUGGGUUCCACUUUCAAAUUUAGUGUUGUUGUGGGACUGAGUGCCUAUGUACGGAUAUAUAUAUGGGCAUACAGGACUUUCAGUUUAUUUGCAACCUUCUGGAAAUCAAGUUGUUGAAGACACAGAGCAUUUGUCUCUUAAAUGAUGGAGAAUGACGGAAGUUUUGAAGAUGUCUCUUCUUCAAGUGAAAGCAGUAAACAAGCCUUGGAAGGGGUGUUUCACAGCCAUUUAGAGGAGAGAGUUCGUCCUUAUAUCGACCUGAUUGACUCUCUGAGGCUGAUCGGCAUUGAAGAAGAUUUAGCUCUACCAACUAUAGCAGUGAUUGGAGAUCAGAGCUCCGGGAAAAGCUCUGUACUGGAGGCGCUGUCUGGGGUGGCGUUACCCAGAGGGAGUGGUAUUGUUACCAGGUGUCCUCUGGAGCUCAAGCUGAGGAAGAUCAAGUGUGGGGUUCAUUGGAGGGCAGUCAUAUCUUACCAAGAAGAGUUCAUUGAGUUUGAUGACCCAUCACUGGUUGAAGGUUAUGUUGCAGAAGCUCAGAAUGUGUUGGCUGGUGAUGGAGUUGGAAUAUGUGAUGACCUCAUCACUCUGGAGAUCAUGUCUCCUGAUGUCUGUGACCUUACACUGAUCGAUCUGCCUGGGAUUGCAAGGGUUCCUGUAAAAGGUCAGCCUGAGGAUAUCGGAGAUCAGAUCAAAAAUCUCAUACGGACCUUUAUUGAGAAAAGUGAAACCAUCAAUUUGGUCGUGGUACCAUGCAAUGUUGACAUUGCAACAACAGAGGCACUGAAGAUGGCACAGGAGGUGGACCCUGAAGGGAAAAGAACUCUGGCUAUUCUUACUAAGCCAGACCUUGUUGACAGAGGAACAGAGAAGAACAUAUUGGAUGUAGUCAGAAAUCAGGUUAUUCCUUUAAGCAAAGGAUACAUCAUCGUUAAGUGCCGUGGUCAGAAGCAGAUUGAUGAGAAAAUCUCUCUGGAGGAGGCCACUCGAGUGGAGAGAGACUUCUUCAAACGUCACGAAUUCUUCAGUUGCCUUUUGAAUGAGGAGAAAGCAACGAUUCAGUGCCUUGCCGGCAAACUGACUCAAGACCUGGUUGAUCACAUCAAAAAAUCACUGCCUCUGCUUUCAGAGCAGAUAAAGAAGCAGCUUUGGGACUUGAGAAAAGAGUUGGGUCAGUGUGAAGCUGGCCCACCACUGGAUCCACAGAAGAGGAGGGACUUCUUCAUUAAUACUUUGAUGAAGUUCAAUGACAAGAUCAACCACUUGGCAUGUAGUAAUUUGGGUAAUGAAGACAACUUGUUUGUUCAGCUCCGGUCAGAGUUCAAAAAGUGGAAAGAGCAUCUUGACAGUACAAAGUCAUCAUUUCAUGAUGUGGUCCAGACUGUGGUGAAAGAAUAUGACCUGAAGUACAGAGGAAGGGAGCUGCCUGGCUUCAGUGAUUAUAACGUGUUUGAGAUGGUGGUGCAGAGACUUGUUAUCCAACUGAAGGGAACAGCCAUUGAGCGACUCAGAGUCGUAAGAGAGACCAUCCAAUCGCAGUUCUCAGAAGCAUCCAAAGACUGCUUCCUCAACUAUCCUUUCCUCCAGUGUGUUGCCACGAACAAGAUAGACAACAUUCAGUCAAAGCAAGAAGCCAAAGUGGAGCAGAGGAUCUUGGAGCAGUUCGAGAUGGAGCAACUCGUCUACACUCAAGAUAGCAUCUACUUCAAAACCUUGAACGAGAUCAAUAAUGCUGGGGUGUCCGAGGAUAACUUUGCUGGGCUUGACAGCAGGAACAAAUAUCCUGAAAUGCUGCAUGCUUAUUAUGAGAUCGUCGUGCAGCGACUGGCUGACCAGGUGCCCAUGCUGAUCCGAUACUUCAUGCUGAAGGAGUCUGCUCAGCUGCUCUGCAGUGAGAUGUUGGGGUUAAUGGACGGUGCUAACAUAGCUGAGGUUCUCCGGGAGGAGUCAGAAGUCAGCAGACGCCGCAUUAACAUGCAGAACCGGAUGGACCGUCUCACCAUUGCUCAAGAGAAGCUCAGUAACUUUGUUUAAAAAGCUUGGAUUUAGGCCAUCAUAGACACAAACUAGAGCUCUUGGGAUUAUUCAGAUGUAGUAAUCGCAAUUACCAUCAUUUUUAUUUUUAAAAGGGAAUGUAGUUCUUUUAUGUGUUUGUAUGCGUGCAUAGGUUUCAAAGGUUCUACGUCACUAGUUCUCAAUCCUCCUCUUGGAGUAUAAGCACCCAGCACGUUCUGGAGUUUCCCCUACUCCUGAGGUAAACUGGGUUUGUCAGAGCAGGGUCAACACACUUAGGGCAGUGACAUUCCAGGACCAGGACUGAAAUAGCCUACAUGGUACUGGGCAUUUCUGUUAGCAUUUCAUAAAGUCUUCAUUAAACUGAAGAAUGGAGUGGAAAUUUUGUGUGGAAAUCAGUUCCUUGUGUAAAUUCAGGUAAAUUAAAACGUGUUUGAAUGUUGAAAGCAGCUCACAGGAAUGCAGUCUAGAACAGGGGAACCAAUCUUAUCCACAAAGGGCCUGGAUUGGCAGCAGAUUUUCAUUACACAAACAUUAAAAUCAUUAACAACUUAUUUAAGCAAGCAAAUGAGGUUCUUCUUGAUUGUUCUAAAAACCUGCAGUCACCUCGGCCCUUUCUUCCUGACCCCUGAUCAAGACCAUCUAAAUAAAACGGCAGAAAUCUCCAACAUGCUCCAAUAGCGUCUAUAUUAAGCUAUUAAUUCAUUUACACUACAGAUUGGUAAAAUUUAAGUCUCUUAGUUCAGCUGGUCACACUCUUCUACAGGUGAAACUAUGCAGAUCCAUAGCUGUUCAUGUUAAUGCCUAAACCAUUUCACAUCAACCCUUGGCAUGUUGCUGUUAUACACGGCAUUGUAAGAAGUGCACAAUAUCAAAAAUAUUAAAGAUUUGAUCUUGAUUUACUUUUGUUGACAAUAAAAGCACCUUUCAAUUAA